AUGGCUGCUCUGUGUGUAUUGCAGCCAUCGGGCUAUGGCUGCUCUGUAACGAGUUAUGCCCAGCAGCGCUUUGACCACGUGCUCGUCGAGUCGUCGGGCAUCUCCGAGCCGCUCCCUGUCGCCGAGACCUUCACCUUCCGCGAUCGUGCCACUGCGUUGGACGACGUUGCCUCUCUCGCCAACUUGGUCACGGUUGUCGACGCUGCGUCUGUCUUCGAGCAGCUCAGCACGAUGGAAACGCUCGUGGACCGCGGCUGGGAGGCGGCCAAAGGCGACGAGCGCACCGUGUCACACCUGCUCUGCGACCAGCUCGAGUUCGCCGAUCUGCUACUGCUCAACAAGCGCGAUCUGGUGACGGAGGAGCAGCUCGGCGCGGUCGAGGCAUUCCUGCGCAAGGCCAACCCGACGGGCGAGGUCGUGCGCACGGAACGUAGCGUUCUGCUCGGCACGGCGCGCUUCAGCAUGAAGAAGGCCGAGGAGCACCCGCAGUGGCUGGUCGAGGCGCGCGAGCACGAGACGGCGUGGACACGGGUCCGAUCUUGUGCAUAG